GUCUAUUCUAAAGACUAGACUACACCCAAUAAAUACAAAGGCCACCCACUAAUACUCCUCUUUCGUGGUAAAUGGAGAGAGAGAGAGAGAGAGAGAGAGAGCCAGCCUCCCUUGACCCUCCCUAGGCGGUGGGUUGUACAAAAGUGGGAUGGAGGAUGACAUCAUCAUUUAUACCCAUGAUGGCUAAAGUCAGAAACAAAAAGUGGACCCCUUUUGUCCCCAAAGGGUGGUUGUGCGCUACCCAUCCCCUAGCGCACGUUAGCUUUCCCCCACCCCCACACCUAAACGGUGGCCUCAUCCUUCUAGAUCUCAAAAUCAGCCGCACACCCCUCCCACCCCCACCCACCCCACCCCCUUUUACACAACCCCCAAUCAAUUCAAUAUGUCACCAAACCCCACUUUCCCCCACCACAACCCUAUCCCUAUUGCCUUCUCUUUCUUUUCCUCCUCCUCCUCCUCCUCCUCCACCGCCACCAUUAUCCUUCCUUCGCCGCCUCCUUACCAUUUCUACUCUUCAAUUUUCACCAACGCUGUUUCCUUCAUCCUAGAUCGUACCCAUGUCCGCGACUGCUGCUGGAUCUCCGUCCCACCAGGAUUCUACUCUCCUCCCAUCCAAUCCGAUACCGGCGCUUCCAGCGCCACCGCAGCCCUCUACCAACCCGCGCCGUCUCCCUCCGCCGUGUUGGUCCCACGACGAGACCGUCGCCCUGAUCGAUGCUUACCGCGACAAAUGGUAUACCCUCCGCCGUGGAAACCUCAAGGCUAACCAUUGGCAAGAAGUCGCGGAUGCCGUGGCUCGUCGAUGCCCGACGGCAUCCCCGCCAAAGACCGCUGUGCAGUGCCGUCAUAAGAUGGAGAAACUCCGCAAACGCUACCGCACUGAGAUCCAGCGGGCUCGAUCCAUGCCUGUUUCAAGAUUCUCUUCUUCUUGGGUCCAUUUUAAGCGUAUGGAUGCCAUGGAAAAAGGCCCACAGGCUAAAGCGGAUUUUAAUUCGGAAAGCGAUGGGGAAGAUAAUGAGGAAGAGAACGAGGAGGAUGAUGAUAAUCAAGGUUUCUAUAUGGAAAAUCACAGGAACGGAAAUACAAUUAUGAAUACAAGGAGCAUUCAUAAGCUUUACCGUAAUGGAAUUGGGGGAAGUACUCCCAGUAAUGUGAGCGGAAGCGGUUCUGGUGGGAGUGCUGGCAGUGGUUUUAGAAUUAGAAUACCUACCGAAGUGAGUAUAGCUCAACCAGGACCCAAGUUUUAUGCCAAAGUUGAUCAGAAGUACACUGGAAACCCUAAUUUGAGUUCUAACUCGAAUUCUAAGCCUAAUUUUGGAGUUGGGACUGGGUCUGGAUCCGGGUUGGGGAGUAGUAGGGUUUUGAGGGGUUCAGAUGAAAUUGGGAAGAAGAGGGAGAGAGAACCGAUGGAGGAGAUGGUGGCGGCAGUCAAGGUGUUAGGAGAUGGUUUUGUGAGAAUGGAGCAGAUGAAGAUGGAAAUGGCAAGGGAGAUAGAGACCAUGAGAAUGGAGAUGGAAAUGAAACGCACGGAGAUGAUUCUGGAGUCGCAGCAGCGUAUUGUAGAGGCUUUUGCAAAGGCUUUCUCGGAGAAGAAGAAGAAGCCCAAGAGAAUACCUUCACCGGAGUCAUAGUUUGUCAUCUAGUGGUGAAGGAUUAACAGGACGGCCUGCAUUAUUAUUAAAUAUAGUAUAUUUUUUUAAAUUUGUUUAUGUUCAGUUGGUCAUCCAGUUAUGGCUUUUGUCUGUGAUUAAUUUAAUUUUUGAGUAAUUAGGAAGAUGUGAAACUCGAUUAGCUUUAGCCUAAUUUUUGCAAGAAUGUAGCUUUUUGUUUUGCUGAAAGACUUUUGUAAUCUGAAUUUUUUUAAGGAACAGAAUUAAAGUUUGUCAUCAGACA